UUUUAAAUCUGUAGAUUGUCAUGCUGCCGGAGCGACGAGGCUUCGGUCCGAUCGAUCAGUAUUGGUCGAGAUCGGAAGGAGGCUGCAGGAACACGGAGCGCGGAAAUAUGUACAUCCUGAUAUCACUGGCCCUGAUCCUGCUGCACCUGCUCUUGCUGCCCAUCUACUUGUACCUCACCUGGCACCACAAGUACUGGCGCAAGCGAGGUUUGAUCACGGCCCGCCCUUUAACCCUGCUGGGCACAUAUCCGGGCUUGCUCACCCGGAAGAGCAACCUGGUCCAGGACGUGCAGCAGAUAUACGACAAAUACAAGGGAAAACAUCGUGCUGUGGGCGUUUUUGUGACCCGUCAACCGCAGAUCCUAGUUCUCGAUCCGCAGUUGGCCCACGAAGUUCUGGUCGAGAACUUCCGAUGCUACAAUGAUUCGCUGACCAGUUCAUACAUCAGACACGCCAAGUGGGACAAGUAUGCCCGCCUUAAUCCAUUUUGGGCCUCUGGGCAGUCCUGGAGGCGUCUUCGCACAGAUGCCCAGGCAGGUCUCUCAGGAAAUCGAUUGAAACAGGCCUAUAACAUUUGGGAGCAGGGUGGAAAGAUGCUGGCGGACUACAUGACCCACAAGGUGACGCAAAAUAAUAUCAUUGAGACCAGAGAUCUUUGCUUUCGUUAUACGGUCCAUGUGAUGGCUGACUUUAUCUGGGGCAUCGAUGCGGGAACCCUUACUCGACCGACGGAGCAACCCAAUGAGGUGCAGCAGAUGGCCAGCAAGUGGACCAGUUAUGCCUUCUUCAUGAUCACCAUUUUCAUGGCCUCCAUUGUGGCGCCGUGCAUUCGUCUGCUGCUCCGUUUCCGCUUUUAUCCGAAGGAAACCGAUGAGUUUUUCUCCAAUCUAACCAGGGAGUCCAUUGAGAUGCGACUGAAGGGCGGUGGCGAUGCCACUCGCACGGAUUAUCUCUCGCAUUUGCUGACUCUUCGAGAUCAAAAGCAGGCAACCCACGACGAUUUGGUGGGUCAUGCUCUGACCGUCAUGUUAGAUGGUUACGAUACCACCGGCACGGCCCUCCUCCAUGCUCUUUAUUAUUUGGCGGAGUAUCCAGCCGUUCAGCAGAAGCUGCGAAUGGAGAUCCUCUCCAGCUUGGAAUCCAACAAGAGUCUCGACUUUGAAAGGCUCUGCUCCCUGCCCUAUUUGGAGCAAGUGGUUUACGAAUCUCUCCGUCUGAGCAGUUUGAUACCGCAGUAUACCAAAGUCUGCACGUCGCCCACGACCAUUCAGCUGAAUGAAUUUAAAAGUCUGGAUGUGGAGGAUGGCAUGACGAUCAUGAUACCCAAUUAUCAGUUCCAUCACGAUAAGCAAUAUUUUCUCGAACCCGAAGUGUUCAAGCCCGAGCGUUUUGAUAAUGGCGCAUAUCAAGAAUUAAUACGGAAGGGGAUUUUCCUUCCGUUUAGCGAUGGUCCUCGUAUUUGCAUGGGCUUACGGUUGGCUUUGCUGACUUUGAAAUCUGCUCUGGUUCACAUUCUCAGCGAUUUCCAGGUGGUCAGGGGAAAGGAACGAUUAAUACCCCAUGGAGAUGCUGGAUUUGGGGUUGUUCUUCAGGGAGAUGUUAAUCUGGAAUAUCGCCGCUUUUUAAGAUAGAUUUGAACAUUAUGCAUUAAUAUAAUAUAAUUCAUUCAAAUAAAAGUAUAAGCUUUUCGCGCUAGGAUAAUGAAUAUGGUAAAUAAUAAUAAUUUUUGUUCGACGUUUUGAAAUAAAUGAAAGCAGUUUCAUAAAUGUCGAGAACUACAUUAUGGAUAAAUACAUUA